AUGAGCUGUGUGCGCCCUCCUCUACUGAAGAAGCCCUCCCGUGGCUUCGCAUGGUCCUGUGCUGCAUGCAGUCGCGCCCAGGAACGCCUCUUGGAGGCACGCCACACGCCGAACGUCAUUGACGGCCGCACCCCCGAUGCGACCGGCGCCGCCGCCGGCGCUGCCACCGCAGCCGCCGCCGACGACGACGAGCUGCUCGAUGACGACGACGAGGACGGUGCUGGUGGAGACACCGGCCGCACCAGUCCCGAUCAGGACGAAGAUGCGCACCCGCCAGCGACAGCUGAACAGCAGUACCAGGCCAGUCUCUGGCCGUACCGGUACCUCGGCAUUCACUGCAAGGUCGAGGACGCGCUGGACUACGACGAUCGCAUCUAUCCGCGCGCUGCGACCCGUGUCGGCCCCCGGCACCAGGCUGUGGUCUUGCCCUGGCCGGGCCGGCCGGUCGAGUAUGUGAUGCCGCCCGACAUCAAGAAGGCCACCCGCCGUGAGGCUCGGCAGAACAAGGAAGCACUGGCCGCAUACGAACGCGAGCGCGAGAGCCGCCCGAAGUGGAUCCAGGACACACCCGCCGGCUACAUUGAGCGUGGGCAGGACUACGACGACGACGACGAGCGCAACACGGCGUACCUACUGUACAAGUCGCCCAACGCGCCGCCAAGUGUCCCCCCCGCUGAGAAGCCGGCUGCCGGUGCCGCCGACGCCGACGCAGGCUCCGCCGACUGCAAGAUGGACAUUGACCCGCCUGAGACGAAGGACGCCAAGACGAAGAAGACACCCGACAUCUCCGACGAGGAAAUCGACCAGUUUAUGGACAAGGCCGUCGCAAAAGCUGCAAAGCUCGGCGUACCUCCGCGGUCGACCAACCUGCACGACGUGGCUGCGGAUCUGCUGUUCCACAACAACUUCAACACAGACAAGGCGCUGAAGGAGCUUGACCGCAAGAAGCCAGAUGAGUUUAGGGAGCCCAUCCUCAACGCCGCCGAGUACAAGCGGUUUGAGGACGCCGUUACCAAAUUCGGCUCGGAGCUCCACCUCGUUACGCGCCACGUCAAGACAGUAUUUUACGGUGACAUUGUGCGCUACUACUACGCCUGGAAGAAGAGCGAGCGCGGCAAGAUCAUCUGGGGCAACAAUGCCAGCCGCAAAGGCAAGAAGGAGGCAAAGGAGGCCAAGAAGGCCGAGGCCGCCGCCGCGAAUAAGAUUCAGGACGACGUGGCCGAUGACGUUGACGACUCUGCCUUUGAUACCGACAAGGCCGACGCUCUCAAACGCCAGUUCCAGUGCAAGUUCUGUAGCACAAAGACGUCCCGGCAGUGGCGCCGCGCACCUGCUGCUGUGCCCACCGGUGUCCUCGCCGAGUCGCUCGGUGGAGGCAGUGGUCGCAGUUCCAACCGCGAGAGGAGCCAGAACCAGAACACGCAGCAGUAUGUAGCAGCGCUGUGCCGUCGCUGCUCCGAGCUCUGGCGCCGGUAUGCGGUGCAAUGGGAGGAUGUGGAGGCCCUCACCGCCAAGGUCACCAACGCGGGCGGCCGUCUCGUGAAGCGCAAGCUGGACGACGAACUUAUGAAAGAAAUCGCCGCAGCUGAGGAGAUGAUCCGCCUUACCGAAGCCAACUUCAGCGCCCUCCACCAGUCCACGGAACCUCCACGCAAGCGACUCAAGGGCCAGAACGGCAGCGCUGCCGACAAGGACGCCGACUACAACGCGUCAGACUCCGCAUCUAGCUCGACAUACCCUGCAUCGUCGUCCAACAACAGACGGCGCGAUCGCGAACGGGCCAACGCCGAGCGGGCGGCCGCCGAACGGGACCGAUCUGCCACCGCAGAGCGUGCAUCAGGCGGCGGACGCUCCAACGGAUCGACGCCCGCUGUAGGGGGAGGACGCUCCUCAGCCAACGCCUACUCGCGUACGGUGGCCGAACUUCUGCCCGAGCCGAAGAAGCUCCCCUGUGCUGUCUGUCUCAAGACAAAUCUGGCGAAUGAGGACCAGCGCGUGGUGUGCCGCGACUGCCGCCUGACCGUGCACCGGAGCUGCUAUGGCGUUCUCGACAACCGCAACCCGCACAAGUGGCUUUGCGACAUGUGCACCAACGACCGCAACCCCCACAUGUCCAUCAACUACAACUGCGUCCUUUGCCCGGUCGAGCACAGCAAGCCUGCCGCCGGCGCACAGACGUCGUCCUCGCACAGCAAGAGAUCCGACGCACAAGGUCGCGAACGGGACCGCAUCGAUCGUGAACAGGCCAAGAAAGCCGACGAGUACUACAGAAAGCGCCAAGAGGAGCUCAACAAGCCCGUCAACCCGCGCGAGGCGCUCAAGCGGACGGCUGACAACAACUGGAUCCACGUCACCUGCGCCGUGUGGACACCGGAGAUCAAGUUUGGCAGGGCCCGCGCUCUCGAACCGGCUGAGGGCGUUGCCUCCGUCCCGCGGGCCCGGUACGACGAGCAAUGCAAAAUCUGCAAGACCAAGUCCACUGGCGCGUGCGUGUCGUGCAACCAGUGCCGUGCGCAGUUCCAUGUGCAGUGCGCGCACCAAGCCGGCUAUAUCUUUGGCUUCGACCUCGUCCCCGUCAAGGGCUCGCGCCGCGACCAGGCCAACAUUGUCACCCUAAACGGCGUCAACGGUCUGCUGGUACCGGCGAUUUGGUGCCGCGACCACAUCCCACUGAAGAGCUCGGCGUACCUGCCGUACGAGAAGAUUGAUGGCUCGGACAUGUCGGGUCUUCAGUUUUACGUCGAGAACUACAAGCAGGCCGACCUCGCCCUGACCGGCUGCGCGCGCAAGGCUAACCUCCUCUCGAUCGCCUCCAAGAUGUCGGGCUCGCUGGUGGCCGGUGCGAACUCGGCUGCAGGCAGAGGAUCGUCCCCCGACCAGAACACGGCGCCUCAGAGCAACGGUAGCAACAGCCGCCAGGGCUCGGUGUAUCUCAACGGCGACUUCGGCAGCAAGCUCUCGGCGGCGACGGCGACGGCCGUGGGGGCCAAGAAAGCCGUCAAGGACAACAAGGUCUGCCUCACGUGCGGCAGCGACGUCAGCCCCAAGUGGCAUGCCAUCGACAAGACGCAAGAGCGCGAACUCGCCAACGGGUUCUACGGCAAGAUGGGCGAGGAGGCGCAAAAGUUUGUUGCCCAGCGCAACUACCAGUGCCACAAGUGCAAGAAGACAGGCCGCAAGCCUUCGCCCCACAGCCACGACCGCGAGAUGCACGAUCGGGCCGUGCACGGCCUCGAGCACGUCCACCGGGAACAGGAGCGCGCCCAGGAACACGAGCUUGCUCGCGGCCUGGUUACGGAGUUCACCAGCCACCCUCAUGGCGGCCGGCCGAACCCCCAGGCUUCACCCCACACCCAGCACCACCACCAUCGCAGUGGCAGCAGCCAGGGCCACAUCGCCCACAGCCUGACGGGCACUCCAAGCCAAUCGCGCGAGACGGAGCACCGCUCGACUGUCGUUAAGAGAGAAGAAGAGCCGUAUUCGGACGACAUGCAACGGCUGGCGCCACGGUACCCGCCUGAGUCCGACCUAUCGCGACCGCCACCAUCGCAAUCGCAACUGCACCAGGCACCGCCUCUGUUGCCAGCGCAUCAGCAGCCCCUCCCGCCACCUUCGCAGUCGCUGUCGCAGCCGCAGACACCGUCGCAGUUGCCUCCUCGCGCGCCGUCGUCGCACCAUCACAAUAUCCUGCAUCCUGUCGACCACGCACGCCCAGAUCCCCCCCAGCGGUCGCCGUACUCGCACGCACAGCAGCUGCCGGCCUCGACGCACCCUCCGUCAAGCAGUGGCGGUCCGCCUACGGGUCUUGGCUCGUCUCGGUCGCCACCCGACAUGGCACCGCGGUACUGGUCCUCCAACAUGGGCUCGUCCGGUGCUGCUCCGCCGCCGCCCCCGCCGCUCCCACAACAGGCACCGCCGCCACUUACGUCCAUUCGGCCGGGCUCAUCACGAGGCACUCCGUCUCCCCAUACGAUGCAUUCGGCUCCGCACAUGCAGCAGCACCACUCGCCACACUCGAUGUCUGUUCCCCCUCGGUCGUCUGUCUCACAGCAGGCCCCGCCUGCGCCUGUCCACCCGUAUUCCUCGUCGUCCUAUUCCGACUGGCGUCGUCCGCCUACAUCGUCGCAAGCGCCACCGCCUCCGCCGCCGUCGUCGCGUCGUGAACCGCUGCACAGCGCAAGCACGAGCAACAGCUUCACGCACAACCACCUGCGUCCGCCGCCGCUCAGCGGCAUGCAGAACAGUGGGAGCAGUGGUGGCGAGUACAUGGGCCAGAGCGUGAUGAAUGGCCGCCCACCGUCGCCGCCCCGGCGUAGCCUAGGCGGUCCGCCACCGCCUCUGGCGCACGAGCGCAACAGCCGGGACCCGUACGGCCACAGCUACGGCGGACAUGCGCCGUACGGAACGUCACACGGGUCGUCACAGCAUUCGCCGCAGAUGCAAAGCACAAGCCCGCACCAUCCAUUUGCGCAAAUGCUGCACCCGCAGCGAUCGGCUUCGUCGAAUGCGUCGUUUAUGAACGCCGGACUCAACACAAACAAUGUGACGCGCGAGGACUUUACCCUUCGCGGUCCAGCGAACAACGCCGCGCCGCCGCCGCCGCGGCCCAGUGAGCCGCGCAACGGCAGUUCGGCAAGCUCCAACCCGUCUCUGCGCAACUUGCUUUCGUAA